CAGACUCUCUCCUCCUCUGAAGAUGGCCGACUACGAUCUGGUCCUGAAGCACUGGGCUCCGGUGGAGGCGGAUUAUAACGGCCACGGGAACCUGGUUCUGACCCGUUUAUUCCAUGAGUACCCAGACACCCAGAAGCUGUUCCCAAAGUUUGCAGGCCUCGCCAAGGGGGACCUGGCGAGCAAUGCGGCCGUUUCCGCCCACGGUGCCACAGUUCUGAAGAAGCUUGGUGAGCUGCUGAAGGCCAAAGGAAACCACGCCGCCAUCCUCAAACCGCUGGCCAACAGCCACGCCACCAAGCAUAAGAUCCCCAUCAAUAACUUCAAGCUGAUCACCGAGGUCAUCGCUAAGGUCAUGGGGGAGAAGGCCGGCCUGGACGCCGCCGGCCAGCAGGCCCUGAAGAAUGUGAUGGCCGUCGUCAUCGCCGACAUGGACGCCACUUACAAAGAGCUGGGCUUUACUGGCUGAACGUAAUCCGGCUUGGAUUAGAAAUAAUCUGAAAUUCUUCUGCUUCACGUUUUGACCCAAGAUCUUGGUUCAUUAGUUAAUAAACAGCUGCUGAUGUUAAUCCAACCGUUUCCACGAAGCAUCAUAAGAGCUUCGCUUUCACUGUAACCGGCUGCUUGAUGAAAAGUUUGACUCUUCUGUCAAUCAUUGUCUGAUUCGACCAAUAAAAUCGCUCUGCUUCUCCUUA